AUGGUUGACGAGCUUCAAAACUUCUUGGGUAAUAUUAUUGAGAAAAAGAAGGAAAGAUUAGUCACGAGGGAGGAUUUUGAGGAUAAGGACGUGUUGGCAAGAAUUUUGAGAAGGGCAAAGGGUGAAAAACUAGAUGAUACGUUUCUCCUUCAUACAACAAGUAAUCCGAAUGUGGAAAAAGAGAUCGUGAGAGAAAUUAGAGAUAAGGAUGGACGUUUGAGUGACAUGGUUUACAUGCAUGCUUCUAUAUAUGAGAGCUUGAAACUCUUCCCUCCCUUCCCAGCGGACUCAAAAGAAGCAGUGGAAGACGAUGUUUGGCCUGAUGGGACAAAAGUGAAAAAAAGGACGACCAUAUUCUACCACAUAUUCGCUAUGGGUAGGUCACUAGAAUUGUGGGGAUCAGAUUGGGCCGAGUUUCGUCCAGAAAGAUGGUUAGAGAGAAGAAGUGUUUCAUGCAGGGCCAAGGACCCUUUCACAUAUCCAGUGUUUCAUCGCGAGGGACCCUUUCACAUAUCCAGUGUUUCAUGUAGGGCCAAGGACUUGUUUAGGAAAAGAAAUCGCAGUUGUGAUCGUGAAAAUGGUGGCUUCCACCAUCCUAAAGCACUUCUAAGCAGAGACGGAUCCAGGAUUUCGAAGCUCCGGGGGCCUGUCAAAAACAGCCUCUCUACCUGA